AUGGAAGAACUUACAGCGUUCGUCUCGAAAUCUUUCGACCAGAAAACCAAGGAGAGCAGUAAGGAGAGUAUCACGUACAGGGAAGUUUUGGAGAGUGGCUUGGCGCGGGCGAGGGAGCUAGGGAACUCGGAGACAAGUCUACAGGACAUAACGGAAGGCAGCAACCACUUCCCAGUACAUCUAUUCAAGGAGCACAUAGAGCUAGAGAAAGAAAAACUCAGGGAGUUUAACGUUUCAAGGGCCACAGAAGGGAUAUAUGAGUGUAAAGAGAAAAAGGAGGACGUGAAGUCGGAGGACGAGGACGCACAGAGCAAACUGAAGCAGCGGCGGAGCAGGACAAACUUUACCCUGGAACAGCUCAACGAGCUGGAGCGCCUGUUCGACGAGACUCACUACCCCGACGCCUUCAUGCGGGAAGAGCUGAGCCAGAGGCUGGGACUGUCAGAGGCAAGAGUGCAGGUUUGGUUUCAAAACAGAAGAGCAAAAUGUCGAAAACAAGAAAACCAGAUGCAUAAAGGUGUCAUUCUGGGCACUGCCAGUCAUCUGGAUGCCUGCAGAGUAGCGCCAUACGUCAACAUGGGAGCUCUACGGAUGCCUUUUCAACAGGUUCAGGCCCAGCUCCAGUUGGAGGGCGUGGCUCACUCCCACCAUCACCUGCACCCUCACCUGGCAGCGCACGCACCCUACCUGAUGUUCCCGCCUCCACCCUUCGGACUUCCAAUCGCCUCGCUCGCGGACUCAGCCUCUGCAGCGGCGGCCGUGGCCGCGGCUGCCAAGAGCAACAGCAAGAACUCUAGCAUCGCCGAUCUCCGACUCAAGGCAAGAAAACAUGCUGAAGCUCUGGGUCUCUGA